AUGAAUUCAUGUGAGAAGGCUAUACAAAAGUUCUUCAAUGAUGAUUCUGAUGAUGAUGACCAUCAUCAACAGAGGGUUGCAAUGGCCGUUCAACACCAUACGUUUUUGUUGGAGCAAUAUGCUCAACAAUCCAAACAUGGUGGUUCUAUUGUAGGCCAUGAAUACAAGAAUCGGAAGAGAGAAAAACAUCAUAAGAGUCUCAUGGAGGACUACUUCUGUGAAAGACCACUUCAUCCCCCAAUGAAUUUUCGCAGGCGGUUCCACAUGAGAAGAGAGCAUUUCUAUCGCAUCUUGAAUGAUGUUGUUGCAUAUGAGCCAUACUUUACCCAGAAGAUAGACGCUUGUGGACAACAAAGUCUAUCCCCAGAGCAGAAGCUAAUAUCUGUUUUUCGAAUGCUAGCAUAUGAAGGCUCGACAAACUCCACCGAUGAGUAUUGUAGAUUGGGUGAAUCUACAGCCCUUGAAUGUUUGUGA